AUGGAAACAGCUCCUUUUGCUGGUGACACUGUCUCAAGUGUUGUUGCUGCGGUUAUUAUAUACAAGUUGAUCAUUCCCAAUCGAGGUUCCGUUGGCGCGUACCUGUUGGGAUGGGGUGUCAUUAUUCCAUUGUCGCUGUGGAUACCCUUUGAAAUGAUGGAAGCGUUUGAUCUUCGAAACAAAAUUCUCAAAAUGUGCGUCUCUCUUGUACCCAUGAUCGUGGUCUUUCGGUCUAUUGAAGCCAUGUACGAUACAUCGCCUCCUGUAGUGGAAUACUCCUUGGCCAAUUAUGUGACCUACUACACUUGUACCAUUCAUCAUGUAUGGGAUCCCAAAACUAAUGGCAGAGUCAGAGUCAACACACAACAAUUCAUUAGCACCUUUCUACGGGUCGUCUAUUACUAUCAUUUGCAAUCCCUGUCACUUUCCUUUCAAAUGCACGUUGACUUUAAACCGUUCAAAUCGGAUCCAGUGGUUUUGGAUGAAUUCCAUGUGACCAGGUUUUGGGAACUACUACGACCGGAUCAUAUUGCCAAUGCCUACCUUAUCGUACUACACCUCUACUUUUAUUUAUUGGUGGGUUUUGAACUCACCAACUUUGGGGAGAACAUUAAAGGAUACUUGACCAAACCAACCUUCAAAAACCCUAUAUGGACAUCCAAAAGCCCCACUGAUUUCUGGGGACGCAAAUGGAAUCUCUUGAUUCACGACAUUCUCAAGGGUGGUGCCUUUUUGCCGGCCCGCAAAUAUGUCAGUACGCCCUUGGCAGUAAUGUGGUCCUUUAUCUGUUCGGGGCUGAUGCAUGAUUAUAUGUGGGCAGUGAUAUUUUAUCAUCAUGGAUACGAAAAGGAUCCGGAGACUGGAAUUUGCGAGGAUUGUUUCAGUCCCUCCCCUCUCAAAUUGACGGCCUUUUUUGUGUGGAAUGCCAUGAUGAUGCUGCUCGAGAGACCUGUGAGCAGGUGGGCACCCAUGCAAUGGAUGGCCAACAAUCUGCCACUCACAAUCAUAUCUAGUCUGGUGGGCUUGACAGCCUUGCCAGUCACACAUUGGUAUACAGGAGAUUGGGCGGUGGGCGGUUUCUUUGCAGACUAUGCCGUGGCUUUGUGGGCCAUCAAAAAGCUAUGA